AUGAGCGACUCGAAGCCUCUGCAGGAGAAGACUGGCGGCAAGCCCCCGGUCUUCUUCGAGAUCUCUUGGGAGGGCCCAGUCAUGCAGGGUGGACAGCCCACCUCUCAGGUCAAGGAGCAGACUGGCACGAUCAAGUUCCACCUGUACGACGCCAUCGUCCCCAAGACUACCGAGAACUUCCGCGCUCUCUGCACCGGCGAGAAGGGCUUCGGCUACCAGGGCUCUUCCUUCCACCGCAUUAUCCCCGACUUCAUGCUCCAGGGCGGUGACUUCACCCGUGGUAACGGCACUGGUGGCAAGUCCAUCUACGGUGAGAAGUUUGCCGACGAGAACUUCCAGCUCAACCACGUCAAGCCCGGUCUUCUGUCAAUGGCCAACGCCGGCCCCAACACGAACGGCUCCCAAUUCUUCAUCACCACCGUCGUCACCUCAUGGUUGAACGGUCGCCACGUCGUCUUCGGCGAGGUCGACCAGGAGGACGGCUCUAUGGACGUCGUUCAGGCGCUCGAGGCCACUGGCUCCGGCUCCGGUGCCGUCAAGUACGGCAAGCGCCCCACUAUCGUGAAGUCUGGCCUUGCCUAG